AUGAAUCCCCCAUCGCCACGGCCUAUAGCUUCUGGUAUACCAGUGGUUGGGCCUUCUGCGAUAAACCAAAUCGGAACUUUCUACCCUGGCUCCCAGGAUUUUGCUGCAUUUAGAUCUCUGAAUAAAGACGGCCCUCACGCUCUUCAAGAUGCAUCCCAAGCUCAAGACGCAAUGAGACUAGCCGAUAAUGCACAUGCAACUGAGCAAGAGAUCGCGCUUCUCCAGCCAGAUGGUUCUGCUUUCGAGCAGUCUGAACUUGGUCCCUUGGUUACCGAUGGGGCCGAAUCUCCCAGCUUUGCAGGACACCUGCAAGGUAUGAAAUUGGUUCCUAACCCGCCAGACCUGGAGUACUGGAGAGACAAGUUGUUCCAUGUCGACGAAACUAUUACCUUGACAGAAGAACAAUUCCAGACCUGCUUUCCCCACGUUGAUAACGUCUACUCACAUCGUUCAACGCAGCGGUAUAAACGCAGGCCUCUAGUGUCGCACUAUUGGGACUGUCGGCUUAAAGGCCGACCAUCGGGAACCCCCAAGUCUGACGAUCCAAAUAAGAAGAAACGGAAGCGUACCGUUCGAGAAAGGGACCUCUGCGACGUCAAGAUCAAGAUCACAGAGUACUUACCAGGCUAUACAGGCGUAGACUCAACAGGCGGGUUUGAAUCAAUGCCAGCAAACCUACAGCCAGGCGUCCAUACGCUCUUCCCGGUUCAAACCAGCGGAGUUCAGCCAUUCGGCGUUCUGGAAUCAGCCCCAGCUCUUUCACAAGGCCAACUUGGUGCGAACGGCGAGAGAUUUUUUACAAUCCAGCGAGUCAACGGCAACGGGGCCAACGGCAAGAAUGACGGAGUGAGUGGCGGUCAUCGGCAUACACUCGAGGAGAGUGAUCGAGUCAAAAAGAACACUGUCCAACGAAAGUAUCUAAAAGAAGACAAACAGAAGAAGAAGUUCACGUUUCGAAGCAUGCCUGACUUGAAUCAGAAAACAUACCAUACCAAGGCCACGGGCCUGGCAGCUACAACAGCGCUGAACCACUCUGCUGAGAACCCUCUCCAGCUCUAUGGAAGCUGUUUCUGCCCCUUCGUUCAAAGGGUGUGGAUCGCACUGGAGAUGAAAGGUAUUUCGUACCAAUACAUUGAGAUAGAUCCAUAUGCAAAACCUCAAGCAUUGCUGGAAGUAAACCCACGGGGGCUUGUUCCAGCAGUGCGCCACGGCGAUUGGGGGUGUUAUGAGAGCAGUGUUAUCAUGGAAUAUCUCGAGGAUCUGAACAUCGGCACGCCACUUCUACCCGCAGACGCAAAGCUGCGAGCCCACUGCCGGCUUUGGGCAGACCAUAUCAACCGAAACAUUGUGCCGGCAUUUUACCGGGUCUUGCAAGAACAGGAUCAGCAGAAACAGAUUGAGAAUGCGCAAGAGCUUCAAGAGGCCUUCGACAAGCUGAUCGUGGCAGCGGAUCCUUGUGGCCCAUUCUUCAUGGGCUCGCAGCCAUCGUUUGUCGAUAUCCAAGCCGCGCCCUGGGUUCUUCGACUGAGCCGAGUCUUAAAACCCUAUCGAGGCUGGCCCGACCCCGAGCCUGGUACUCGCUGGGCUUCGUGGGUAGCGGCCAUCAAUUCUGAUGAGCAUAUUCAGGCAACGACGAGCACGGACGAACUGUAUCUUGACAGUUAUGAGCGAUAUGCCCAGAACCGUCCGAAUACGUCGCUGCUUGCUAAUGCAAUCAAUACAGGACGCAGCCUCCCAUAA